GCCUGCACAGCAUCCUAGUUUGACCCUCCCCAGCCCCUCUCCAUCAGUGCUGGGGUCACAUAGUUUUUCACAUUUUAGAAUGCGGUGCCCUUGUAAAAUUAUUGACAGUCUGGAGGCACCCCAUUUCAGAAUAGGGUGCCUCAAGACUGUCCAUAAUUUUAAAGGGUGCCUCAAGACUGUCCAUAAUUUUAAAGGGUGCCUCAAGACUGUCCAUAAUUUUAAAGGGUGCCUCAAGACUGUCCAUAAUUUUAAAGGGUGCCUCAAGACUGUCCAUAAUUUAAAGGGGUGCCUCAAGACUGUCCAUAAUUUUAAAGGGUGCCUCAAGACUGUCCAUAAUAUUAAAGUGCCUCAAGACUGUCCAUAAUUUUAAAGGGUGCCUCAAGACUGAGGGUGUCCAUAAUAUUAAAGGGGCCUGACUGUCCUUA